AAGCUUCUCUCAUCGCAGUGAACUACCCCGUUUCAAACCUGAGCCAACUGCGCUUGGCCACCUCCAUCUCUCAGCAACAAACAUGAAGAUGGGAAAGACCCCCAUGCUCCUGAAGAAGGCAACUUCGAUGUGCAAGAGCAAGACUAGCUUGCUCGCGGACAGGCUCCUCGUCCUCGCCACGCUCCAACGACGCAGGAUGGCCGUGGUCGCCAUGAUCUCCAACAAGAUCCACACGCUCAUUGUGGCCGACCGGGAGAGAGGGAGUUGCCACAAGGCUGUUGCAAUGCGCAAGGUUGAGAGUAGACAGGCCAUCGUCCAUGGUGGUGGCAUGGCCGCUAAUUUCUCUCAUCAGUUGGCCAUGUUCGAUCAAGAGGAUGGUCAAGGUGGCUUCCCUGACUGGACAUUAAUGCACCCGCUCUUCAACGAUGACAUGGACGAGAACUGCUGCUACACUGAUGAUGUCGAUCUGUUACUCGAUGCUUGCGAUGCUGGCAACGAUGAACCUUCAGUGAUGGAGGCAAUCAGGAGCAGCAAAGAGGUAGAGGGGUUGGAGUUCAACGUGGAGCAGGACAUUGACCGGGCUGCCGACAUCUUCAUCAAGAGGUUCCGGCAGCAGAUGAACCAUGACUUUUAAUUAGUGGUCUUGCAUGGAUGUACCAUAUCCUUGCACGGCCUAGGUGGUCCUUUUUGUUAGCACGCCCACAAGUUAGAUGAUAUUUUGUAGGAAUAGGCCUAGGUGGGCAAUGGGGGCACUCCGCUGCAUAUUUUUGAAGGAAUGCCACCUGGCAUUUUUGUUUAACUGAUAACAAUGUUACAUCAGGAAUUACAUGAGAUAAAAUAAAAUCUGAAGGAUCACCAUUC